UGUAUUAUCCUUUAGGUAGGUCCUGGUCCCUACACAGAUUUCCGAAUAAGUAACAUAGGCGUGGGGAGAGAGGCUGAUCAAGGGCAACACAAGAAGUUCAGCCCCUGCAAACUUAACUUUUUUGUUAAGAGUUUUUCGAGAAUGAAAUUGGAUUAGACCCAGAGAUGACGUAUCCUGUUUGAUUUCUUUUCCCCUUGCGCUCUGACGAGCUUUAUGUUUAGGCAGGCUUUUGUUUCUGGCUGCAAGUUGCUUUAAAAAAAAAAUUGGGAGCGUGUCUCGGGGUGUCGAGGGUGACGUGCUUAGCUUGAUUGGCCAGGUUUGGCUCGGUCUGCUUGCGAGUCCUUUGUUCUUCCCACCACCCUCAGGUCAAUUGUGCAACAUGCCCCUACGGUUUAAGAAGGAGAAAAAAAAAAAAGGAGGGGGGGUGGCCGGAAAAAAGUGAAAUGCUGAGUAAUGCCAGAGUUUUCUCAAAUGGCUGAUGCAAACCUGGAGAAUUUGCAUCAUCAUUCAGCUGGAGUAACUUGGUAUGACAAGAGCUUAAAUACAAGUCCACGCGGAAGCUGAGCUGGUUUCCAAUGAUAGGGCAGUACCAGCUCACUGUGUGAAAGCGCAGGUGUUCCUGAGCCAGGCUCGGAUCGCAGGAAGGGCUCACAUACUCUUUAGGAGCUUGUUACCUGUGCGUAGGAGCAGCUGGAAAGAUAAGAGAGGACAGAGGAAGAGACAAAGUAGUUGGCUACACAGAGAGGGGGAAAAAAAAGCCUUAAGUUCCUGCUGAAAACUUUUCUGCCUGUGCUUGCCGUCAGUGUGCUGGUGGCACUGUAGCAUGCCUAGGAAAGCUGCUCUGCCCACGGUCUCUAAUGGAAGCUACUUGCAGGGGCAAGCUAAUGGCAGGUUGUCCUCUGUGGACAGCGGACAGCCAGCCCUGGAGGGAAAAGUUGUGCUGAAGAAGAAAGUGACGCUUUUGAGGGGGAUAUCCAUCAUAAUUGGCACUAUCAUUGGAGCUGGCAUCUUCAUCUCUCCCAAAGGCAUCCUGAAGAACACAGGCAGCGUGGGCAUGUCCUUGACUGUCUGGACAGCAUGUGGUAUCCUCUCACUUUUUGGUGCCCUCUGCUAUGCUGAACUAGGAACAUGCAUUAAGAAAUCUGGUGGUCACUACACCUAUAUCCUGGAGGCCUUUGGUCCAUUACCUGCUUUUGUGAGAGUCUGGGUUGAACUACUCAUUAUUCGCCCUGCUGCCACAGCAGUGAUAUCGUUGGCAUUUGGACGUUACAUUUUGGAACCUUUCUUUAUGCAGUGUGAAAUCCCAGAACUUGCAAUUAAACUUAUUACAGCUGUUGGCAUCACGCUGGUGAUGGUCCUGAAUAGCACAAGUGUCAGCUGGAGUGCCCGCAUUCAGAUGUUCCUUACCUUUUGCAAGCUUGUAGCAAUUCUGAUAAUUAUAGUCCCUGGAGUUAUCCAGCUAAUUAAAGGAGAAACACAGCACUUUAAAAAUGCCUUUGCGGGGAAUGAUGCCAGUGUUUUGGGACUACCACUUGCUUUUUAUUCAGGAAUGUAUGCCUAUUCAGGCUGGUUUUACCUCAAUUUUGUUACUGAAGAAGUGGAAAACCCUGAAAAAAACAUACCCCUCGCAAUAUGCAUUUCAAUGAUUAUCGUCACAGUUGGCUAUGUGUUAACAAACGUGGCUUAUUUCACUACAAUCAGUGCUGGGGAAUUGCUGCUUUCAAAAGCUGUAGCAGUGACCUUUGCUGAACGGCUAAUGGGAAACUUUUCUUUAGCUGUACCAGUAUUUGUUGCUCUCUCCUGCUUUGGAUCUAUGAAUGGUGGUAUUUUUGCGGUCUCCAGGAUGUUCUUCGUUGCAUCCCGCGAGGGUCACCUUCCGGAAAUUCUCUCCAUGAUUCAUGUCCGCAAGCACACUCCUCUGCCAGCUGUCAUUGUUUUGCAUCCUCUCACAAUGAUAAUGUUAUUCAACGGGGAUCUCUACAGCCUCCUGAAUUUCCUCAGUUUUGCCAGGUGGCUUUUUAUUGGACUAGUAGUUGCUGGGUUGAUUUAUCUCAGAUAUAAACGUCCUGAUAUGCCUCGUCCUUUCAAGGUUCCUCUAUUUAUUCCAGCAUUGUUUUCCUUCACCUGUCUCUUCAUGGUUGCACUGUCACUUUACUCUGACCCAGUGAACACAGGGAUUGGAUUUGCAAUAACCCUGACUGGCAUUCCUGCCUACUACCUCUUUAUUGUAUGGGACAAGAAGCCAAAGUGGUUCAGAAAGCUCCUAGACAGGGUAACCAGAACAUUGCAAAUCCUCCUGGAAGUCAUCCCAUCAGAGGAAGACCAGAAAUCAUGAUCUUCAUGUACAGCUUUUGGCUUGCUGUUUCAUUUCAACCUGAAAUCAAGAGAGCAGGGAGAUUUAUCCCCCUUCUCAACAUCCUGCAAACUGGAGGACCAAGUCACAGUCGAGAUGGAAACCGAGCAAGUCAAUUACCAGAACUGUAUUUUACGAUGCUGUUGCAAAAUGUUUUUUAAUGUGGUUGGUUUAUAUGUAGAAAGCAAGAACUUGUGUUAUGAGGGAACUCGUCUCUUCAAUAGUUCUUUUGUGACAGAGUCCUAUUUUAACAAACUGUAGGUUUGUCAAGGUAGGAUUUUUGUUGCCUUGUCACUGAAAACAGGUUUAAGUGAUGUGUAAGUAACAGUGGGGUCUUCUGUGAAGAAUGUAUCCCGCUUGCUGCCCCUGGAGUUCCCAGCUCUCACCAGAGAAAGGGUGAGAGAAACCUGCUGAGUUUCACGUAAUAUGUUCUUCCUGUCAAACUGUUUGGCAGCCUGAUUUGACUUCUCUUGGCUUGCUGGAAGCCCCAGCACACUGAUGAUGAAGCACAGCAGUUUCCACACCUUUGUGUGGCAAGUUCAAGAUUUCUUCAUUCCAGAGCUCUUAUACUAUGGCUGACAGGAACAUCUUUUGAGACUUAAUAUUUCUGCCAGUGGGGCAGGAAGAUUUUAGCAUGGGAACAGUAAAUUUAUGCGUGUUUAAGUUUUUACCACUCUGGAGAUGAUUACUGGUCUUACCAGUGUUUCUUUGUGUACAUGUACACAGGAAAUCCAGCAACUUGAGUAAUAACCUUCAAAACAGUCAAAACAUUUGAAUGUGACCUCUGUUGCUGUAUGAAUAUUUCCUGUCUGGAAGCACAGGGUCCUGCAGUUAUCAGUCAGGCAAACCCGAUUUAAAAGUUUUAUAUCAGUGUUGGUAGGCAGAAAUAGAUGUCACUGGUGGGAACUCGAUAUAGACAUGGUCAUAAAUGCAGUGCCUUUUUAUGAAUAAGGUAUAAGGCAAGCUACAGGAGAUUUGUUGAUCUGAGUAGGAUAUGUGCCUGAUCUGUGGGCUUUUCACUCAAGCACACUCCAGUUAACUGGGCUUUGGAACACUGAGGAACAGGUGCUCUGCCUGCCUUCUCAGGGGUUUUAUCUCAGCAGAAACAGAGAAAAACCAUCAAAACUGAUAAAAUCAAAUUAAAUUCACCUUCAGAACUGUUUUUGAGCUGAGCUCUGGCUCAAGUAUGAGCUGAAGUUUUGCCCUUUUUUUUAAAGAGAGUUGUAGAUAAAGAAAUUUUUUAAUGCUUAGAAAUUCAGUUUUAUAUUGUUAAUGACUACUCAACCUUAAGAUUAAGGUUUGUUAUCAUUCUGUUAAGAAUAUAAUACUUACCUAUUGAAUGCACUACUUUUUGAGCUGUCUGCUGUCAGCAAAUCAUAUGUUUCAUGAAAGCUUUUAUGGAACUAAGCAGCAUUAAACUUCCUAAAUUGGGAGAAAAGCACAACUUGUAGCCAGACCACUACAGUAAAGGGAGACUGUGUAUUGUAUAUGUGUUGUAUAUAUCCAGAAUGUCCUCUGCUUUAAGGGUGUACAGUAAUAUGUCUUAAAUUUAUAUAUGUUUUCCUUUUUUUGUAUUUCUGUGGUGGAACAUCACAGAAGUAGAGAAAUGCAAGUAAUAUAGAAGAGCAGUAAUUUAAGACACAGAAAACAUUUUGCAAACAAUUUUUUCUUUAAAUGUUUUCUCUUUGCAGUAACUUAAAGUGUUAUUUGAAACUUUUUUUAGGCAAACAUUUUUAGACAGGUUUUUGUGUUGACAGUAGAUGUGUUUAAUUAGUGCUUAUGUUUGGGUCAGAGUUCUGUCUUUGAGGUCAUCUCCUGCCACCCCUGUUUAUCAGGGUUUGGCCUGUGUUGUCAUGGAACUUCAGAGUACACAAACUCUAAUUCUCUCUGAAAGAAAUAAAUUAUCUGGCACCCUGCAGGAGUGCACCUAACCCCUUCCUCCACUGACAGAUACUGAGUGCAUGGGAUCCAAAGCAAAACUACCCGAAGAGUGUGUGGUGUGGAUUUUCAGCUCUGACUCUUUUAUCCCUUGUGUUCACCCCUAUUGUGCCACAUUACUUGAAAGUUUAAAUGUAGGCAGUGUUAACUUGUAGAAAUAAAUGGGCUCCAUAAAUAUGACUGAAUGUUGCUUUAUUUUCCCAUCAUGGUCUUUAAAGUUUAGAAAUGUUUCUGAAGCCUGAUUCAAUGAACACAUUUUUGCUGGGUUUAUUUCAUGUAAGGGGUUAAUUUGUCCCAAGGGAUAUCCUAUGACUCUGACUGUGAAGUUGUAUAUUUUAGGAAGAAAAAAAAAUACCUGCAAAAUAAAAAACUAUUUUCUUGAAAAUGCA